AUGGAUGCUGAACAGCUGAUUGAAUCCCUCAUCAGAUCACUCAUGUGUUUGGCAGGGAUUCUGGGAAACAACAUGCUGGCUAUACGCUCCCUGCCUGGGAAGAAAUCUGGCAUCCGCACCAACGAGCUCCUUUUCAUCAACCUGGCCGUUUCCAACCUCAUCACCAACUACCUGGUGGACCUCCCUGACACCAUAGCAGAUUUCGCUGGACGUUGGAUCUUUGGGGAAACAUUCUGCAGAGUGUUUAGUUUUUGUGCAAACCUCUCAGAAACCAGCAGCAUCUUGACGACCUUCUUCAUCAGCGUUUUCUGGCACCAGAAGCUGGUGGGCUCCCUGAAACGUGGAGGGGCCCCUGUGAAGCUGGACAACCUCUUCUUGGUGGGCUGUCUGACGGCCGGGAGCUGGACGGUGGCUGUGGCCUUCAACGUGCCACACUAUAUGUACGUCGGAUUGGUGAGAGGCAAUGACAGCCACUUAGACUGCGAGGAUAUGUUUCCUGAAGCAACAGCCGCACAAAUCUACGAAAUCUUCUAUCUCACCCUGGCUAAUGCUCUCCCUAUUGCUGGUAUUGUGUGUACCUGUGUACAGAUUGUCAUCACUUUGUUUCAAAACCAGCUCCGCGUACAGGGGAAUGACUCUGAAGCUACGAAGGCGAUAGCUGAGGAUAAACAUAAAAGUGUUGAAAAGAGUAACGAUGACAGAUCAGUCAGCACUAUUUCUGAUGGAGGCAACACAAAAGAUCCCAAAGACUCUCCAACACACGUUUACACAGGCGUGCCUCCUUCUGGUCCAAAUGGAGACCUGACGGGUCACAGCAGCCCCAAAAAGGAAACAAACACAGACAGCAGUGAUGGACAUCCACCAAAGGUCUCCAGCAAGAUGGCAGCUAAGCCCAGUAACUCUCCAAGCGCUCAGGUGAGGGCAGCCAAGAGCGUGGUGGCUGUAGCCAGCGUGUUCGUGGUCUGCUGGGUGACUCAUCUGCUGCUCCGCAUCACCAACAACAUCCACACAUCGUCCAUGGUGAAGGAGGUGGCAAGCUAUAUAGCAGCCUCCUACACCUGCAUCAUCCCCUACAUAUUCCUGUACGGAGUGAAAAAAUUGUCUUGCUCAUGCAAAAGGUAGAAAUGUGUACAACGCAGACAGAAGAAAUGAUCAGAUUU